GUCCAAAAGGUUGAAUGCCCAACCCCAAGCCCCCAUCCCGACCCGACAGGUUGUUGGGAGGUUAAUCACGAUGAUUCAGUCAGUAAAGCAGUGGCUUUUUGUGAAGAUAUUGAAGCUAAGAGAUCUCAAAACCAAGUGGCAUUACUUGAUGAUGAGAAGUAAUCCUAACUACUGCAAAUAUCAUAGAGUGUUGAGUCAUCCAAUAGAGAAGUGUUGGGUGUUCAAAGAAAAGAUUAUGGCUUUAGCCCGUGAAGGAAAGAUUGAACUUGCUGAUUCUACAGCAAGCACAAAUCAAAUUACCACACUACAACAAAAUGAACCUUUUGC